UUCUAUUGAUAAGUCCGCGGUCACACUGCCACAUCGUUUUAUUGAAUUGUUUGUACAUUUUUAACGAAAAAAGCAAGAAAAAUGCCUGCCGUUGUGCGUAUUAAGCGGCGGAUUGAUGAAGAACCACACACGGCCUUUGUGCUGAACGGGAAACGGCGACGACUGCACAACGAUGAGAAUUCCUUAGCCACAGCACAAGUACUGCCGGGGGCGGAUCCGACUGCAGCCGCCGCAGACAAAGACGAGCUAACAACCGUGCUGAAAUUUGCCGGCACCCUGGCAAAGCAGGAUGACAGCGCCACAAAACAAUUUGCAGCGGCGCGACUCAACAAAGCCACGGCCAAGGAGUUGGUACAACAGAAAUCCAAUGAUGCGGCCAUUGCCAGUGCUCUGCGCAGGGACAGGCAACGCCUGGAGGCACAACAAACCACACGCGAGCAGCGUUUCCGUGUCGUAAACUGUUUAAGGACCACACUCGAUGACACCAAUGAGAGCGAGGGUGCGGUAGGCGGCAGCAGUACAGAUGAAGCUUCACAGAUCACAAUUCUGGAUAUAGAAUCACAGCAGCAGCAGCAGCAACGUACAGAAACUGCAGCAGCAGGAGGACAGCUAGCAGAGGAUGAGCAACUGCAGCCGGGAGUAGGCCUCCUACAGCAGGAUCAACAACAGCCAGCCGAUUCGGAUAUUGGCUAUGUCUACGAUUUAUAUGUACCCGAGAAUGAGAUGCAGGCGGCCUAUGUCGAUAUGAUGGAUGACAAUUAUCUAAGGUUAAAUUAUCCGUUUAAUUACUACUACACCUGCUACUGGUAGGACACAACUCAACUUGCCACAGAGAGCGCCUUGCCACGAAGAGAGACAGAGAGAGCCAGAGACCAACUGCAGAGACAAAGCCCCCAUCCAAAGAAAUAAUGGACUGCCACACACGACCACAGCUCCUAUGGGCGCCCACUAAUAUGACAAAAAGUGUUUAAAAUUCUAUCGAUUGAUUGGUUUAUAAUUCAUUAGAUAUAUGAGAUAUGAAUGUACGAGUAUGUAUGGUGCAGUCAAUGCACAGCAGACGGCUGAGCCUUCCAUGACGAAGGGGAAUGGCAAUUUUUAGCGGAAUAUAUGAUUAUGAAGGACCUAGGUGGAUCUAUGUAGAAACAGAAUCUUCUUGAUCUUCAGAUACUUAAAAGGAAAUGACUCUAUGUUGACGAAAAAACAAAACUGAUUGAGCCCUCAAUUCGUCGAAGGAGCACUGCUUGGUCUUAGAUGAUAGAUACAUCUAUAAGCAGGAAAUGCAUUUAUAAUCAAAAUAAUCUGCUUGCUGAAAACAUCACUAAACAUUUUGUAGAUAAAGUCGUUCAGAGACACGAAGACGCAUCUAUUUCGAAAGAAAUAGAUCCCUAAGUAAACAUCAGAUACCGAAAUCAUAUACCGAAAGAGAACGCCUUGAUCCUUGAUCAAAUGAAAGCAAGCAGUAAAAGAAACGAUUCUGUACUUGAGUUGUGGUCCUUGGAAAACCCUUUGUUCUUGCUGUAGAAACGUGCUACUGCAACUUAAAGAUUUAAUGGAUGUAUCACUAUAAAUCUAAAUUCAGCGAAAACAAAUAUAGCAUAGCUCUAUACUCUUUGGAUAUAGGAAAUACAAGUUGAAAAAUCGUAGAAAAUCCCUUUGAUUUCCCCUAAGAUUAAAAUAGGUUAAAAUGGAAAAUGCAUCUAUAAUAUUAAAAAAAAACUAUAAUCUUUGAGUCCCGGGUAUAAUUAUAUGCUAAGACCAUAAAGCACUCCCCAAAGUAAAUCGCGAUAUAAAGAAAAAUCAAAAAUACGUCUAAGAAAUCUACGAAAAAUUCCAUAAGUUUCGUAUAUACAAGAGAAAGAUUCAUCUAUUAUAUGGAAAAAAACAUCUGACCAAUUUUGAGGACAUUUUCCAAGGGCAAAAUAAAUGCUGGAAUGCAAAAAGUUGUUCCCAAACCUAAGAAAUAAUAUAAAUUGACUUAAGUGCAAUCCGUAAGAGAACAAGGCAUCUCUUCGAUGUGAAAUAUAAUUCCUAGAAGGGAAAUCCCCGUCCCAAAGUAUCGCUAUAAAGGAGAAGCAUAAAACUAAGCUAAUAACUUUAUGGAAAAUCCCAUAAAUGUCCCAAAUCUUUAGUGCCAAAGUUCCAUAAAAUGUAAAGAAAUUAGAGAAAACUCUUACAUUAUUAUAUCACAAUAAUAAUAAUAACCUCUGUAGAACAAUCUGUUUUUGUAAGCCAUUUUAGUGCCUGAAAAAGAUGGAAAAGGAAAACAUUUUCUUCACUGGACUCUCCUGCCCUCUGCCCCAUCAUAUGAACCAAUCAAUCGGUAGAGCCUUAAUCCUAUGCCAUUUCCUAGCAUAAGUUCUUUCGAUUUGUAUAGCUUUUAGGUACUAUAUUUUCCACAUGCCACACACCACAGACAGACUAUACGCACACCAUACCAUAUUCUCUGUGUUGAUUUUUCCAUUAUUUUCAUGCCAGUUUGCCCGCCAGUGAUCUUUUAUUCUUUUCGUUUCGUUUCGUUUCGUUAAUGUUCCUUUCAUUCCACACAAAAAAACAAAACAAAAACCCAGAUAUCAGAGCCCGUAAACCGAGAAACUCUUGUGCUAAAGUCUAAUUAAGUGCAUAGUUUUUAGUGUUUGUUGGGGUCUAGAGCUGCCCCCGUGAUUACAAAAAAA